AUCGUACACCACUUCCAUCUGGCAUCAACGGAAACAUGACAGACUGGCUUCACUGCCCGGGCGAGGAUGCAUUGGACGGCGAGGUAGAAGACGAGUUUCGUGACGAAUUACGGCUCUUUCAGAAGCAGGAAUGGUUGAAGGACAUCCGCGAGUCUACUCGCAAACAUUACGAGCACCAGCUUCUCAGAGUGAUGCAUAAACACCGAAUUGCGCAAGAAGAGAUUACAGAUGAUUUUGUAAGGACACAACUACAAGAUAUAGAGGAGUAUGGCAUUUCUGCGAUGCGAAAUCGAGCGGUGCCGGCAUAUACUUUCGAUCGUUUUGAUGACCUGCCGACGGAACUACGGUUACGAAUUUGGUCGUUUGCUUCGCGGAUGAACAAGCCGAGAUACAACAAUGUACAUGCCGUGGACUGGUUCGAAACAUUCAGAAACUGCGGCCACGAUCCUAGGAGAUGCUCUAGCAAAAUGGUUUACGAUGCGGACUUUUAUUUUUCAGAGAAUCGAGACGUCCCCUCUGUCCUGCAUAUCUGUCGCGAAUCUCGUUCUGUUGCACAGCAAGUGUAUACACUGAUGCCACUCGACAUGUUGGAAGGCAGGGAGAAGCGAGCUUAUUUCAACACACUCUACGACUUUUUCUUCAUUGGUGCGACCAACGGAGAGACUUGGACCUCCUUCUUGAUCCUGGUAGACAUGGUCAUAAAGCUGAAUAGCAGCCGUCCCCUGCGGCCGCAAAUUCAAAAGGAUGUGGAGAUAUUUCAGAAUAUUCGACAUCUAACAGUCGAUUUCGAGGUUUUUGCCACAGCGCGAGCAAGAGUCUGGGCCGAAUUUCCCCUGCUCGCCCAUAUCGUUAUUUGUUCUAGUCCAUACGCGAACACCUGCUGUUUAUGAACUUUACCCCUGCCAUUCACGAAUGGCGGGGUGUUUACGUAUGGCACCCCCUGUUUAUGAACUAGACCUGCCAUACGUGAACGGCUCCACUUCGUGCAAGAGUUCAUGAAUGGCGGGGUGCCAGUCGGGAACAGCACUCCAAACACCACAGCACACUCCAGGCACUUCAGCACCUCAGCACCUCUAGCACCUCAGUCCUUCCUCACCUCUAUCACACUACCUAGAAUCUUAUGCUCUAGGUUUGAGAUGUAUUGAAGCAAUGGAUAUUAGUGCUAUGCCCUAUUGCUGUGCUAGAAGUGCUAGAAGUGCUGGAGGUGCUGGAGGUGCUGGAGGUGCUGGAGGUGCUUGAGGUGCUUGAGGUGCUAGGGCUAAAGUCAGAGCCUUAUUCCCGGCCUGUUUAUCAGUGGCGCUGUUCCCGAAUGGCGGGCCCUGCCAUUCAUGAAUGG